UUCCACUUUGGGAGAUGCCAUGCCCACCACUCAUUACAAAUAGAACCGAAUCUAGCAACCAAAUCCAUUAAUCUCACCCUUAGCUUUUCCAUCACCAAACUUAUAGAUCAAAAAGGAAAAAAUUAAAUUCCAAGGGGAAAAAACACUACGCAAAUUGUUCUGUCACAAUUCUUCCUCUACCAACUACUCCUCUCUUUGCUUCCUCUUCAUCUUCCUUCUAUGGCCAAGAAUCUUCCUGAAUAAUUCCUUUUUAUUCUUCUUCACUUUGUCUCUUCACUGUUUUAUCAACUAUUUUCCUUCCAUUUAAGUCAUGACUUCUUCUUACUCUUUAUCUUCUAUAAGAAACACUACUAAAUCGGAAGCCUUGUUAGUAGCUCAAAAAUCUUAUCUUUUCUUUCCAAAACAAAGGCUUUGUGUGUUUUCCAAUGAAACUCAAUUUCCCAAGAAAGAUUUUCUUGUACUCAAGCCCCAAAUUUCUUCUUCUUUUUCAUUUUUGAGACUGAAAAACUCCAGCUUUACACACCCUUUUGCUGCCUUAUCAUCGUUUGCUGAAUCAGAUGGUGAUAAAAAAAGUGAGAAUUUUGAAGUCAAAUCCCACCAAGAAAAUGUCAUCUCUUCUGAGGAAGAGGAUGACUUGCCUGGAAUGGCACAAGCUUUUCACAUAUCUUCAAGCACAGCUUCUGCUAUAUCAAUAUGCAUUGCAUUGGCUGCACUAGUCUUCCCAUUUUUCAUGAAGUCAUUGGGUCAAGGAUUGGUCUUAAAGUACAAGAUUUUAUCUUAUGUAACAAUCUUGUUUGGUUUUUACAUGGCUUGGAAUAUUGGAGCCAAUGAUGUGGCAAAUGCCAUGGGAACUUCUGUUGGUUCGGGGGCACUGAGUCUCCGGCAAGCCGUAGUCACUGCGGGGAUUCUUGAAUUUUUAGGGGCACUGUUAAUGGGAACACAUGUUACCAGUACAAUGCAGAAGGGUAUUCUUGUGGCUAAUGUUUUCCAAGGAAAAGAUACUUUACUCUUUGCUGGUCUGCUUUCUUCUCUGGCUGCUGCAGGGACAUGGUUGCAGGUUGCAUCAUAUUAUGGUUGGCCAGUAUCCACUACGCAUUGUAUAGUAGGAUCCAUGGUUGGUUUUGGUCUUGUUUAUGGAGGAACUGGUGCAGUCUUUUGGAGUUCACUAGCAAGGGUAACUUCCUCAUGGGUGAUCUCACCUUUACUGGGAGCAGUGGUGUCCUUUCUCGUCUACAAAUGCAUCCGGAGGUUUGUGUACAGUGCUCGGAACCCAGGACAAGCCGCUGCAGCAGCUGCACCAAUUGCUGUCUUUCUUGGUGUCACCGGAAUUUCUUUCGUUGCUCUCCCUCUAAGCAAGACUUUAACUAUAGCUCUUGGCCAGGCUAUAACCUGUGGUGCUAUUGGUGCUUUUGUAGUUGACAGGAUCAUCCGGGGUCAACUUGGUCACCUCCUUGCUAAAGCCAGUUCAAAAGAACCAGAACCAGAAACGACCGACGCUAAAAACAUUGGUUUCCUUUCAGAUAUUGCAGGUCCUAAAGGAACACAACUGAAAAUAGUUUAUGGUGUUUUUGGGUACAUGCAAGUGUUAUCAGCCUGCUUCAUGUCAUUUGCUCAUGGUGGAAACGAUGUCUCCAAUGCAAUAGGACCAUUGGCUGCAGCGUUAGCCAUUCUUCAAGGUGGGCUAAGCGGAGCCGAUAUUGUUAUUCCAAAUGAUGUUCUAGCAUGGGGAGGGUUUGGAAUUGUGGCAGGGCUAACAAUGUGGGGAUACAGAGUGAUUGCAACUAUUGGAAAGAAGAUAACAGAAUUAACACCUACCAGAGGAUUUGCAGCUGAGUUUGCAGCCGCAUCUGUCGUUUUGUGCGCGUCAAAGCUAGGCCUACCAAUCUCAGGAACACAUACCCUUGUGGGAGCAGUCAUGGGUGUUGGUUUUGCUCGAGGACUGAACAGUGUAAGAGCAGAGACAGUGAAAGAGAUUGUCACUUCCUGGCUAGUGACAAUUCCAGCUGGUGCCAUCUUUGCUGUUGUUUACACAUGGAUAUUCACUAAGCUUUUGGCAUACAUACUCUGAGUGUAAAUUAACAGACAACACAGCACAAACUUCCCCGUGUAUGUGAUUAAUUAGAAAAUCAGAUAGAUGAACUUUCUGUCGUGAUUUGGGAACUGCAAUUUUUGAUCCAUGAGCGAGAGUAACAGUCCAUUCAGUUUGGACGAAGAACAAGAGAUCUGUUUUGUUGUCCAUUUUGCAAUUUGCUUCCCUAUUAAAUUUGCUUCUUAAA